AUGGCUACAAUCAAACGCUUAGUUGGCUCUCUGGUGCUUUCUCUCUCUCUAAAUUUAGUAUCUGCUCAAGCAUGCUGGAAAAAUACAGCUUGCAGUGGACCUCUUGAGGCAGCUUUUCCAGGCCCUUGGGAUGCAAAUAUCUAUGCACCUUCAAGCCGCCAGGUAUCUCCGAAAUCGGUACUAUCAGCAACCACAGGGGCCGUGCUAUCUGACUUCACGGGAUCGAUUGGACUCUCUGGCAAUGGUUCGAAGUACACUCUUGACUUCGGCAAAGAGGUCGGCGGACUCGUGACUCUCGAAUACUCUUCCACAGGACCUGGUGCGAUUGGUCUGGCAUUCACAGAAGCAAAAGAUUAUAUUGGAGAAUGGUCAGACUCAUCCAAUGGAGGUUUCAAGGGACCAGAUGGUGCUAUUUAUGCAAAUAUCACAUCAUCUGGUUCGGGAACAUACACCAUGCCAGAUCUUUCGCUUCGUGGAGGUUUUAGGUACUUGACAUUGUUCUUGCUCACUAAUGGUACCACGAACGUCAACAUCAGCAGCAUUGUUCUUGAGAUUGGAUUUCAACCAACAUGGUCAAACCUACAAGCUUACCAAGGAUACUUUCACAGCAAUGAUGAAAUGUUGAACAAGAUAUGGUACUCUGGUGCUUACACUCUACAAACGAACGCCGUGCCUGUAGACACAGGACGACAAAUUCCUACUGUCAAAGUGGGAUGGGCAAACAAUGGUACUUUGGGGACUGGUGAUACUAUUAUUGUGGAUGGAGCCAAACGGGAUCGAGCUGUUUGGCCAGGUGACAUGGGUAUUGCGGUGCCAUCGACAUUUAUCAGUAUUGGAGACCUUGUCAGUGUCAAGAAUGCCCUCCAAGUCAUGUACGACUAUCAGAACAGCAAGACUGGGGCAUUUCCAGAGGCAGGGCCACCAUUGCUACAGCAGGGUUCCGAUACCUACCAUAUGUGGACCAUGAUUGGAACUUACAACUAUGUCCUUUACACCAAUGAUACGUCAUUCCUUUUGCAGAACUGGGCAAAGUAUCAGUUAGCAAUGAGUUUUAUAUAUAACAAAGUCAGCGCUCCUGGUCUCCUCGAGGUCACAGGGAUUCGAGAUUGGGCUCGUUGGCAGCAAGGUUUCAAUAACAGCGAAGCACAAAUGAUUCUCUAUCGAACUCUUCUUACUGGCGCUGAUUUGGCCAAAUGGGCUGGAGAUACCACCAAUUUAACAGCGACAUGGACUAAUCGCGCGGCAUCUCUCAAGACAGCCAUUAACACUUAUUGUUUUGAUGAUUCUUAUGGAGCUUUCAAAGACAAUGCGACAGCCACUACUCUUCAUCCCCAAGAUGCCAAUAGCAUGGCUCUUCUAUUCGGUGUUGUUCCUUCCAAUUCCUCCACUGCCCAAGAUAUCUCCACCAAUCUUGUCAAAAAUUGGACUCCAAUCGGGGCUGUUGCGCCAGAGCUUCCAGAAAAUAUAUCACCAUUUAUAUCGAGUUUUGAAAUCCAAGCCCAUUUCACAAUCGGGCAGGCAAGUCGUGCCCUCGAUCUCAUCCGUCGUUCUUGGGGUUGGUAUCUCAACCACCCUAAUGGAACCGAAAGCACAGUCAUCGAAGGUUAUCUUCAAAACGGCACAUUUUCAUACCGGUCAAGCAGGGGUUACAUGUACGAUACCGCGUAUGUAUCUCACUCACACGGCUGGUCUUCAGGCCCUACCUCUGCACUCACAGAGUUCGUAUUGGGUCUUAGUGUUACUAGCCCCGUCGGUAAAACAUGGAAACUAGCACCACAAUUUGGAGAUUUGACGAGCGCGGAAGGUGGAUUCAUGACCACAUUGGGGAAAUUCCAAGCCGGUUGGAAUUUGACAUCGAAAGGGUAUACAUUGGAUUUUGCAGUGCCAGAAGGGACUACAGGAUCGCUGGUCUUGCCGGUGAAGAAAGCGGGAGUGGUACCAAAGAUUGUUGUGGAUGGGAAGAAGAUAAAAAAGUCGAGUGAUUUGAAGAUUGAGAAUGGGGGUGUUACGUUGGAAUCUAGUGGUGGAAAACAUAGUAUUGUUGUGAGUUGA